UUAGAUUAUAAUGAAAAUAUUGUUUGGGAACCGUUACCAAUAUUUGGUUAUGCAGAAACACUUUGUAUAUUUUGGUUUACACUUGAAUAUGUUAUCAGAUUUAUCGUUGCACCAAAUCGGUUUCAGUUUUUUUGUACUAUAAUGAAUAUUGUUGAUUUAACCGCAAUCAUUCCAUUUUACUUAGAAAUUGGACUUUCAUUAUGUGGUGUCGACGUGGAAAGUCUAAGCGAUAUUAAAGGAGCUUUACUAGUUAUUCGUAUACUGCGGGUAUUACGUGUUGUAAGAAUAUUAAAGCUUGGACGAUACAGCUCCGGUAUGAAAACAUUUGCAUUAACACUUCGUAGUAGUGCUCGACAAUUGGGAAUGAUGGGUAUGGUGCUAACAACCGGUGUUGUAUUCUUUUCAACAUUGCUUUAUUAUGUUGAAAAAGAUGAAAAUGAUUCACCGUUUACCUCUAUACCUGCUGCAUUUUGGUGGGCAAUUGUUACGAUGACUACAGUUGGAUACGGUGAUUAUGUACCAGUAACAUCCACUGGUAAAUUAAUCGCUAGUGGAGCAAUUAUUUCUGGCGUUUUAGUGUUAGCAUUACCGAUCACUAUUAUUGUGGAUAAUUUUAUGAAAAUAUCUAAUAAGUAUGUUCUACAACUUUUAUGUUAA